CACGCAAGGGCUGGCCGGGAGAAGGGACCCGCGCGCCCAGCUUUGUUGUGGAAAUCCGGUUACCUGACUUCCCACCUAUCCCAUGGAUAAGUUACCUGACUUGCCUUGAAGGACUCGACAGUGCCAUUGGAACUAGAUGAGCGUGGCCUCCGGGCUUUCAGAAUGAGUGGACGGUCAUGUGGCAUGAAUCUCCACCACACAGCAAGAACCCCACAGGGGCCGGGGCUACUCACCGGUCAGCCUAUUCCUCCCAUCAGAGCCCACUCGGCCACUCCCGGCCCCUCCUCCUGUGCCAGCACACCGAGUCCCUCUAUUGGAAAUCUCGCUAACAGCCUUCAGGUCAAGAUGUCCUCUGGAGCAGGGAUGGCUCCUCAGAGCAACAUGGCCGCAAGCCCCAUCCACCUGCCUGCCCUGAGCCCCAGGAGACAGUUACUCGCCAAUGGGAAGCCUCAGUUUCAGGUCCCUCAGGCCGGUGGCAUAGCAGCAUCACUUACUGUAAAGCCCAAGCAACAAGAAUUUGGAGACCCCUUUUCUCCAAAUCCCGAGAAAGGGGCUCUUGGCUUUGGGCCUCAGUGCAAGUCCAUUGGAAAAGGCAGCUGCAACAAUCUAGUGGUCACCAGCAGUCCCAUGAUGGUUCAGCGACUGGGACCCAUUUCACCUCCAGCAAGCCAGGUCUCCACAGCAUGCAAGCAGAUCAGUCCUAGCUUACCGAGGGCAGUGAACGCAGCCAACCUGAAUAGACCUCCUUCAGAUACCAGGUCCGUUAUUUUGCAAGAGUCUCUGGUCUCGACGACGCUGAGUCUGACAGAGAGCCAAUCAGCGCUAAGCGUGAAGCAGGAGUGGUCUCAGAGCUACAGGGCUUUCCCUUCACUUGCACCCAGCCACAGCUCUCAGAAUGGCAUGGACCUAGGGGACCUCCUUAGCUUGCCUCCGGGCACACCAGUGCCUGGCAACAGCGUCUCGAACUCGUUGCCGCCCUACCUUUUUGGCAUGGAAAACAGCCACUCUCCUUAUCCUAGCCCUCGGCACUCAGCAACCAGGUCCCACUCCACCCGCUCCAAGAAGCGAGCGCUGUCCUUGUCCCCACUGUCUGAUGGCAUCGGGAUUGACUUCAAUACUAUCAUCCGCACUUCGCCCACAUCCUUGGUUGCCUACAUCAAUGGGUCAAGAGCCUCCCCAGCCAGUAUGUCGCCACAGUCAGAGGUCUAUGGGCAUUUCCUGGGUGUUCGCGGCAGCUGCAUCCCCCAGUCGUGUGUAGCGCCCAGCGGGCAGAAGGGUGCGCUGGUGGCCAGCGGAGGACAUACGCUGCCGGGCUAUGGCGAAGACGGUACACUGGAGUACGAACGCAUGCAGCAGCUGGAACAUGGUGGCCUGCAGCCUGGACCCGUAAACAACAUGGUGUUGCAGCCUGGUCUACCGGGGCCGGAGGGCCAGACAGCCAACGUGCUCAAAACGGAGCGUCUGGAGGAGUUCCCGGGCAGUGCCUUGGACCUACCCUCCGCGCCGCCUCUCCCUCCUCUUCCCCCGCCUCAGGGCCCUCCACCCCCAUACCAUGCCCACCCGCACCUUCAUCACCCAGAGCUCCUGCCUCACACCCAAUCGCUGGCCCUGGCCCAGGCUGGCCUGGAUGAGGACGGGGAGAUGGAGGACUCCGGGGGAAAGCACUGCUGUCGUUGGAUAGACUGCAGUGCCCUGUACGACCAGCAGGAGGAGCUGGUGAGGCACAUCGAGAAGGUCCACAUCGACCAACGCAAGGGGGAAGACUUCACCUGCUUCUGGACCGGCUGCCCUAGAAGGUACAAGCCCUUCAACGCCCGCUAUAAACUGCUGAUCCACAUGAGGGUCCACUCCGGGGAGAAGCCCAACAAGUGUACGUUUGAAGGCUGCAAGAAGGCUUUUUCAAGGCUGGAGAACCUCAAGAUUCACUUGAGGAGCCACACGGGGGAGAAGCCAUACCUGUGCCAGCACCCAGGCUGCCAGAAGGCUUUCAGCAACUCCAGCGACCGUGCCAAGCACCAGAGGACGCAUCUUGACACUAAACCUUAUGCUUGUCAAAUUCCAGGAUGUACAAAACGGUACACCGAUCCAAGCUCCCUAAGAAAGCACGUGAAGGCACAUUCUUCCAAAGAGCAACAAGCAAGGAAAAAGCUACGGUCUAGCACUGAGCUCCAUCCGGAUCUCCUCACAGACUGCCUGGCAGUGCAGCCCCUGCAGCCAGCCACUUCCCCCAGAGAUGCUGCCGCCACCGAUGGCACUGUGGGACACUCCCCGGGGCCAGGGCCUGGACCUGAGCUCUAUCCAGCUCCCAUUUUCGCCAGCAAUCAUUCAACCCGAAGUGGAGCAGCUGCUGGGGCCGUGCCACCCCCACAUCCUGUCAGUCACCCUUCUCCGGGACAUAAUGUACAGGGGAGCCCGCACAACCCCUCCUCCCAGUUACCUCCCCUCACAGCUGUGGAUGCAGGCACUGAGAGGUUUGCACCUCCGACUCCGUCUCCUCACCACAUCAGCCCGGGAAGGGUUCCAGCCCCUCCAUCACUGCUACAGAGAGCACAGCCUCCCCACACCCAGCAGCCACCAGGCUCACUCCUCAAGUCCUACCAGCCAGAAACAGACUCUCCUUUUCAGUCAAAUGGUAUCCACGUCCAUGGAUUUUAUGGCCAGCUGCAGACAUUCUGCCCUCCGCAUUAUCCUGACUCCCAGAGAACUGUGCCACCCAGCAGCUCCUGCAGUAUGGUGCCUUCCUUUGAGGACUGCCUGGUCCCCACAUCGAUGGGUCAGGCAGGGUUUGAUGUUUUUCAUAGAGCCUUCUCAACACACUCGGGCAUUACAGUGUAUGACUUGCCUUCAGCUUCAUCAAGCCUCUUUGGGGAAUCUCUUCGCAGCGGCCCUGAAGAUCCCACGUUCUUGCAGCUCAGCGCUGUGGAUCGCUGUCCUAGCCAGCUCUCCUCUGUGUACACCGAAGGCUGAAAGGUCCCUGGGCCCCUCCAGCACAGCCAGGACCUUUAAGUCACUCAUCACCUCUAAUUUUCAAAACUCUCACAAGCUGUGUGGAGAAUGUCAACCAAAUCCAUGGAGCCAGUAGGGUCACUAGGUCUGUGGAAGGCAGGACUGGAUGGUCAGGUCUGGCUUUCGGGAAUGCUUGCACCUUUUCUGUUUUCCCUCAGUUUGCUGGGUCAGGUGACCAACACAAAUUUCUGUUGAAAGGGAAUUUAGAGUUACUUCCUGGCUUUCAGGUCUCAACAGACACCAAUGAACGUGCAUGUGAACUGGAUGAUCCUUGCUGAAGAGUCAAAGAGAGGAAGACAGCCUCGUUACCAGAGGCAUAAUGUGCUGCCUCACCCAUGUUUUCUCUCAUGACUGAAUGAUGCACAGCCGUGAACGGUGAGGGCAGCCUUAUGCCGAAGCAUGGUGUGGCUUGGACUCUCUCAAACUGGCUUUCCCAUUUGUCUUACCUAGCCUGUGCUUCUCAGUUGCGCCUCCAAUGACAAAAUAAGGUCUUCUAUUCGGCAACCUACUUUGUUUUUGAACUUUAAAGACCUGCUAUUUACAUCCGCUUCCAAAGGAAAAAUAUUUAAAGGUUUGUUCUGUUGGUAGAAGUCAUUACCAUUUUAAUCACCCCCAGAUACAUAUCACGGCUAUACCUCUUCCUGGCCUAGUUUUGCAGUUUAGCAAAGGUUAUCUGUGGGAAACAAAAUGAUCAAAACACACACGCACACACACGCACACAUGCGCACACGUGUCUGCCUUCGGGACUUUGGCAAGAACCCUCAUAUGUUGAGUGUGGUGGUGUACACCUUUAAUCCCAGCACAAGGAAGGCACUUGAAGCUAGCCUGGUCUACACAGUGAGUUCCAGACCAGUCAGGGCUACAUAAUAAAUCCGUGUCUCAAGAAAAACAGCUCUCAUGUAUUGAUGGCUCGGUAAUUCACCCUGAAAACCUUUUCAUUGGAAUGGUUCAUGCAUUGCUCUGGUGCUCUGCCUGGGGCAGACCAGGAAACCUAAGAGCUGGCACCCAUGGAGUUGUGUGUAGUGUUCCAAGGGCACCUGUUGUCCAGUUAUUUUUUGUGGCUUCUGCCCAGUUCCUUAAAAGGAUCCACUCACCUAUGCGUCUCCUCUAUAUGGCUUUCUUCUCUGCUUUUAUACACUUUUUCUUCCUCACUGUGGCUCAGCGGUGGCAACCAUUCACCAGAUUUUAUCAGCUCUUGGGAAGGUUCAAAGAAGGUAAACUCAAGAGACAUUCUGGAACUCUGCUUAGAAGGCCUGGAAUUUUUCACAUAACAUAAAACCUUUUCUUUUUUUUUAUGAUUAGCAUAAACAAGACCUCAUUUCCCGGUGACACUUUUAGAGAAACACUUUUAAAAAGACCUAUGUUCUAGGACAAAUGCUACACAAAUAGGCCAUACUCCAAAAACUUGGCCAGCUCCAACAUCCAGUUUGCUCAUGUUUUAGGACUUUCCUUUUUCUUUUUUCUUUUCUUUUCUUUUCUUUGCUUUUCUCUUCUUCUUCUUCUUCUUCUUCUUCUUCUUCUUCUUUAAAAAAAAAAAAACAGAACUGAGGCAAAGUUCUUCAGAGACUGAGAUCAUCAUGGUAUUCAAUGAGACAGUUUAGCUCAUGUCAGACCUCGGGUCCUGAGACUGCUCGUAUCCUAAUAGACAGAACUGUGAGUCUGGGCCCAAAUCAGCAGACCUCCACUUCAUCCCAUGCUUCACCCCAAGAUGCCACUAAAUGGGGUUGAUAAAAGAACCGAGUGUGGGUUAUCUUCUUACAGCACAUUGGUUGGUCUAGUGUUGCUGAAGAGGCCAUGCCCUUAGGGGAAGCCAUAAUGUAAGCAUCUGAAUCACAAGGCUUUGGAUUCUCUUUGGUCUUCUGAGCUGUAAGAGCUUCCUCUGCAGGUGAUCACUCAGGCUGCUAGGAACUACCAGCCUUCUAGACCUUGUGGGUUGUUGUGCUUGGUCUAAGCAUGAACACACAUACAUCAACACCGCUUGAUUAAAAACAACCCUCAUUUGACCCCUGUCACACUCUAGAAAGAACGGAGACCCCACUCUUACAGCUUUAUUUAAGUAGGAGGAGAGUCAUGGCAAGCAGUGAACCACAGGACCAUGACAGACGGCUCUUCCAGUGGUGGAGACGUGAGGCUUUGUGAGCCAGGAUCUGGACUCGUGGCCAUUCUCCCCAUGGCACUGUUCCUGUUCUGGGUCACCUAGGUAGGAGGGAAGCAAGGAGGAUCUGGUGUCAGCAGGGUCACUAGGUCAGACCUCCAGGCCUGACUCACAACCCCAAAGAGAUAUCCUUGCUGUCAGGGGAAAAAAAAAAGUGUGCCUGGAGCCAGGCCCAGUGCAGCCCAUCAGAGGCCUUCCAGUGUGUUCUGGUCUGGGAACGGCCUAGAGACAUGGCACAUUCAGGGUCCUUCAGAUUGCACAAGCUGUCUGUUCUUGCGUCCAGAUUUUCUCCUCAGCUUACAAUGGGUCCCUGGCUGGCUUUGGCCUUUCGGGUCCAUCAGUAUUUUGAAACAGUGAAAUCAGAACUCAGAAACAUAAAUUAUUCCCUUCCAUUUCUAGGCCCUUUCUGUCCUGAUGAGCGAACAGUUUUCAUAAACAUCCAAAUGGACAUUGUCAUUCCCCUUUAAAAACAAAAACGCAAACAACAACAAUAAAAACUAGUGCUCCUGAAAACACACAAAGCACAAAGCCAAUUAUCCUAUUAUGCCAAAAAGAUCAGUCUACCUAGAGACAUUUCAUUCUUCAUCCAUUGCUAUAAUUUUCUAAAGAGACAACAUCAAAGUACCGUUUAGAGUUUUCCCUCUUAUCAGCACUUAAGAACUGCUUAAAUAUUUCCCAGCCCUGUGAGCUAUGGUCCCUUAAACGGGUCUCCACCCCAUGGCCCAGGUGAGUGACUGAUACCAAGGCACUAUGUGCUAUCGUCCACCAGAUAACCUUGUUUUUCACUUAAGAAUUGGUCCUCAAGAGACCCAACUGCCAAAAGCACUAGUUCACUUAAACCAAGCUCAGAACAAGGCUAACCAGUCUCCCUGUCACAAACUCUUCCCCACGACGCACAGAUAACACCCUUAAUGCCUGGAAGUAUUGAUAGUGUUCAGUUUUAUUAUUUGGCGUUUGAUUAGAUUUGACUGUGUAGACCAAUGUUGUUAUUGCUGUGGAUCAAGUAACAGAGACAGGGAGAAAGAACGAAACAAACUCGUUGGAUGCAACGGUGAGUUUGUAAAAGUGGAGAGAUUUAUUUUCCACAGAUAGAGAAGCGCCCUCUGCAACGUUGCUGACAUAGAGCACUUUGGGGGAAACAAAAGUGGAAAUGUGUUUUCCAUAAAUCACACAGGCCCUUGUACAUUGUUAUAUAUGCUCACGUAGAGGAACGGGCUACGUAUAUCAUCCUGGAUAUGGGGCCGGUUUGACUGUAGAGGCACAUGUGGUGCUUAUUGUCGUAAAUCUUUUAAGGAAUUAGGUACACUUUUUUUUUCUAUUAAUAUGUAUAGUUUUGCGAUUUGUCACAGUUAUGUUUCAUAUAAUCGUAAGUUAUUUUGUCUUGUUUCAUGAAGUCCUUUUUUAUGUCAAAAGUAAAAUGAAGGGAUUGUGUACUUGGCACAGAAUAAAACUGGAAAUAGAGGGUGCCCCUCCGGCCUGAAGCACUCCUUCAGCGCGUCACUUUGAAACACAACGGCAUCCAGUGUUGUUUGUUUGUUUGUUUUAUUGUUCUGUUUUGUUCUGUCACCAGCCCCCUCUGUAUUGGGGAUGGUAAUUAUAAUUAGGAGCAGAUGGGGGUGGGGUGUCCAAGGCCAGCUUUAAAAUGCCGCAUCGCUUUGGGCCAGAACUGAAGCCUGGAUUUAAUUAUAGAUAUGAGGACGAAAUGGCAGUAAAAAUGAAUGUCUCCCCGAAUCCUUUACAUGUCGGGAGUGUCCAUAAAUAAAACAUGAAGUUUUAUUUCAUCAC